CAAUACACUAUCCAAAAUCAUGCGAUAAUUUCCGUGCGAUCUGUGAGGCCGAGGAUUAUCGCCAGACAAUAAUAUUAUUCCACUACAACAUUAGCAGAAUAAACAAACUGCAGUCAAUACGCAGCUUGCAGAGCGGUGAAGCGUCCAACAACCAAACCAGCGGUGAAAAGAAUAAUGGUCGCAUGCCUUUCGUCUACUCUACCUGAUGCUCUUAUUAUAUCCAGCAGAAGAAGAAGCCCAUUCUUGAACUCUCACUAUCACACUAGUUCCACAUGUUGGCCUAAGUUUGGUUCUGCUGAAGCUCUCCUUUUACUCCAAAACUGCACCAGUUUCAAUCAUCUCAAACUAGUCCAUGGUAAGAUCAUCCGCAAUGCCCUCUCUGCUAAUCAAUUACUUGUUAGGAAAUUGAUCCACCUCUGUUCUUCUUAUGGGAGAUUGGAUUAUGCUGCUUUACUUUUCCAUCAAGUUCAAGAACCCCAUACUUUUACUUGGAAUUUCUUGAUUAGGACGUACACUAUUCAUGGAUAUUCUAUGAAAGCUCUCCUUCUCUAUAACCUCAUGAUUCGCCGUGGCUUUCCUCCCGAUAAGUUCACUUUCCCUUUCGUUGUUAAGGCGUGUUUGGCCUCCGGUUCCAUCAGAAAAGGGAAAGAGGUCCAUGGCCUCGCUAUUAAAACUGGGUUUUCAAAGGAUAUGUUUUUGUACAACACUUUGAUGGAUCUUUAUUUCAGCUGCGGGGAUGAGGGCUAUGGACGCAAGGUGUUUGACAAAAUGCGUGUUCGAAAUGUGGUUUCGUGGACCACUUUUAUUGCAGGACUUGUUGUUUGUGGAGAUCUGGAUGCUGCUCGACGGGCUUUUGAUCAAAUGCCAACACGCAAUGUCGUUUCCUGGACGGCAAUAAUUAAUGCGUAUGUGACGAACCAACGACCUCAUGAGGCGUUUGAAUUGUUUUGGAGAAUGUUGCUUGCUAAUGUGAAGCCCAAUGAGUAUACUCUGGUUAAUUUGUUAAAGGCGUGCUCCGAGUUGGGUAGUCUUAAAUUGGGUAGAUGGAUUCAUGAUUAUGCACUCAAGAACGGGUUCGACCUUGGGGCUUUCCUUGGGACUGCUCUUAUUGACAUGUAUAGCAAAUGUGGCAGUUUGGAUGAUGCCAGGCAAGUAUUUCGCGAGAUGCAAAUAAAAAGUUUAGCUACAUGGAAUGCUAUGAUAACUAGCUUGGGGGUGCAUGGAUAUGGGGAGGAGGCCCUUUCUCUUUUUACAAAGAUGGAGGAGGCAAAUGUACGGCCAGAUGCAAUCACUUUUGUAGGUGUCAUAUGCGCUUGUUUACAGACUGACAAAGUAAGAGAGGGUGAUAUGUACUUCAAAUAUAUGAGAGAACACUAUGGGAUAACUCCUGUUGUAGAACAUUAUACUUGUAUGAUUGAACUAUAUAGUCGUGCCAACUUGUUGAAUGCACUGGACGAAUUAGUGAAGGGCAUGCCAAGGGAGCUGAGUGACGAUGUAGCAGCAGCAUGGAUUAAGUCAAGGUUAAUCGAUGAUAUUGAUGAUACAGAAAAUUCUUUGGAGCACCAAGGCGAAGAAUUGCAGUACUGGGAAACACGAACAGAACAUUUGUCCCAGUAUCAGCUUCAGGGCUUCAAAUGGGAUGUCGGUUGACUUCAAUGGCUGGGUUUUGACCAUGUUAUUGUUUUUCAAUGCUACAGAAAAUGGAUAAUCUUCUGUAUUACAGUGUCUAAAUUCUACAACCUCUUUGCUAAACAAUCUGGAUUCUGGAGCCUUCCCGAGCCUCAAAUCACCGGAAGUAUCAGAAUAGGUUUGGUUUUUGACAGUCACCACGAUCAAGUCGUCCGUGUUAUUCAGCAUUAGAGAUACGGAUCGAUGUGUUACGGAGUGCUCAUCUGCUGAUCGUUGAAUGGUGCUCCGCUCCUCUCUUUUCAAAUGGAGAUAUACAUUGGUGUUUGUGCGGAUAUCUACUCAUAUAUCAUGUCAAACAGUCAUUAAACUGCCAAACUAUUCCUUAGAUGUAUAUGCCUGUGUAAAUGAACCUAAAAACAAUUUAUUUUUAGAGAAAAUAUUAAUUAAUUAUUAAUAAAAACUGAAAUAGAAGUUAAUUCA